CGCCGGGCCGGGGGCGCAGGACGCGGCCGCCUCGACGGCCGACUUCCCGUUCCAGAUCCACAACAGCUCGGGCUGGAUCACGGUGCGCGCGGAGCUGGACCGCGAGGCGGUGGAGCGCUACAGCUUCGGCGUGGAGGCGGUGGACCACGGCUCGCCGCCCAUGAGCUCGUCGGCCAGCGUGUCCAUCACGGUGCUGGACGUCAACGACAACGACCCGGUGUUCACGCAGCCCACCUACGAGCUGCGGCUCAACGAGGACGCGGCGGUGGGCAGCAGCGUGCUGACCCUGCGCGCGCGGGACCGCGACGCCAACAGCGUGAUCACCUACCAGCUGACGGGCGGCAACACGCGCAACCGCUUCGCGCUCAGCAGCCAGAGCGGCGGCGGCCUGGUCACCCUGGCGCUGCCCCUGGACUACCAGCAGGAGCGUCAGUACGUGCUGGCGGUGACCGCGUCGGACGGCACGCGCUCGCACACGGCGCAGGUCUUCAUCAACGUCACGGACGCCAACACCCACCGGCCGGUCUUCCAGAGCUCCCACUACACCGUGAGCGUCAGCGAGGACCGGCCCGUGGGCACCUCCGUGGCCACCAUCAGCGCGGCCGACGAAGACACGGGCGAGAACGCGCGCAUCACCUACGUGCUGGAGGACCCGGUGCCGCAGUUCCGCAUCGACCCCGACAGCGGCACCGUCUACACCACCACCGAGCUGGACUACGAGGACCAGGCCGCCUACACGCUGGCCAUCACCGCCCGGGACAACGGCAUCCCUCGCAAGUCCGACACCACGUCCCUGGAGAUCCUCAUCCUCGACGCCAACGACAAUGCGCCCCGCUUCCUGCGGGAUUUCUACCAGGGCUCCGUCUUCGAGGAUGCCCCGCCGUCCACCAGCGUCCUGCAGGUCUCCGCCACCGAUCGGGACUCGGGCCCCAAUGGCCGGCUGCUCUACACCUUCCAGGGCGGGGACGACGGCCACGGCGACUUCUACAUCGAGCCCACGUCCGGCGUGAUCCGCACCCAGCGCCGGCUGGACCGAGAGAACGUGGCCGUGUACAACCUUCGCGUCCUGGCCGUGGACCGGGGCAGGCCAGCGCCCCUUAGCGCCUCCGUGGACAUCCAGGUGACCGUCUUGGACAUUAAUGACAACCCCCCCGUGUUCGAGAGGGACGAGCUGGAGCUGUUCGUGGAGGAAAACAGCCCCGUGGGGUCCGUGGUGGCGAGGAUUCGUGCCAAUGACCCCGACGAGGGCCCCAACGCCCAGAUCAUGUAUCAGAUCGUGGAGGGCAACGUGCCCGAGGUCUUCCAGCUGGACCUGCUGAGCGGCGACCUGCGGGCCCUGGUGGAGCUGGACUUUGAGGUCCGGAGGGAGUACGUGCUGGUGGUGCAGGCCACCUCGGCGCCCCUGGUGAGCCGGGCCACCGUGCACGUCCGCCUGCUGGACCAGAACGACAACCCGCCCCUGCUGCCCGACUUCCAGAUCCUCUUCAACAACUACGUCACCAAUAAGUCCAACAGCUUCCCCACCGGCGUGAUCGGCCGCAUCCCAGCGCACGACCCCGACGUCUCCGACAGCCUCAACUACACCUUCCUGCAGGGCAACGAGCUGCGGCUGCUGCUCUUGGACUCGGCCACCGGGGAGCUGCAGCUCAGCCGCGACCUGGACAAUAACCGCCCGCUGGAGGCGCUCAUGGAGGUGUCUGUUUCUGGCGACCACUGCGAGGUGAACGUGCGCUCGGGCCGCUGCGCCAACGGUGUGUGCAAGAACGGGGGCACCUGCGUGAACCUGCUCAUCGGGGGCUUCCACUGCGUGUGCCCCCCCGGCGACUUCGAGAGGCCCUACUGCGAGGUGACCACCCGCAGCUUCCCGCCCCAGUCCUUCGUCACCUUCCGGGGCCUCCGGCAGCGUUUCCACUUCAGCAUCUCCCUCACGUUCGCCACCCAGGAGCGCAACGCCCUGCUGCUCUACAACGGCCGCUUCAACGAGAAGCACGACUUCAUCGCCCUGGAGGUGGUGGGCGAGCAGGUGCAGCUCACCUUCUCGGCAGGAGAGACCACGACCACGGUGGCGCCGCAGGUCCCCGGGGGCGUGAGUGACGGGCGGUGGCACUCGGUGCAGGUGCAGUAUUACAACAAGCCCAACAUCGGCCGCCUGGGCCUGCCCCACGGGCCGUCCGGAGAGAAGGUGGCCGUGGUCACUGUGGACGACUGUGACACGGCCGUGGCCGUGCGCUUUGGCAGCUUCAUCGGGAACUACAGCUGCGCGGCCCAGGGCACGCAGAGCGGGUCCAAGAAGUCCUUGGAUCUGACGGGCCCUCUGCUCCUGGGGGGUGUCCCCAACCUGCCCGAGGACUUCCCGGUGCACAACCGCCAGUUCGUGGGCUGCAUGCGGAACCUGUCCAUCGAUGGCAGGAACGUGGACAUGGCCAGCUUCAUCGCCAACAACGGCACCAGGGCAGGCUGUGCUGCUCAGAGGAACUUCUGCGACGGGACCUGGUGUCAGAACGGAGGCACCUGUGUGAGCAGGUGGAACACGUAUCUCUGCCAGUGCCCGCUGAGCUUCGGCGGGAAGAGCUGCGAACACGUCAUGCCGCACCCCCAGCGCUUCAGUGGGGAGAGCGUUGUGUCCUGGAGUGACCUGGACGUCACCAUCUCGGUGCCCUGGUACCUGGGGCUCAUGUUCCGGACCAGGAAGGACGACGGCGUGCUGAUGGCGGCCACGGCGGGCGCGUCCUCCCGGCUGCACCUGCAGAUCCUAGACAGCUACGUCCAGUUCGAGGUGUCCCACGGCCCCUCCGAUGUGGCGUCCAUGAGGCUGUCCAGGUCACGCGUGACUGAUGGCGAGUGGCACCACCUGCUGAUAGAACUGAAGAGUGCCAAGGAGGGCAAGGACAUCAAGUACCUGGCGGUCAUGACCUUGGACUAUGGCAUGGACCAGGCCACGGUGCAGAUCGGGAACCAGCUCCCGGGGCUGAAGAUGCGCAGCGUGGUCGUGGGCGGUGUGUCCGAAGACAAGGUCUCGGUGCACCGGGGCUUCCGGGGCUGCAUGCAGGGAGUGAGGAUGGGGGAGACGGCCACCAACAUCGCCACGCUGAACAUGGACGAUGCCCUCAAGGUCAGGGUGAAGGACGGCUGUGACAUGGGGGACCCCUGCGCCUCCAGCCCCUGCCCUCAGCACAGCCACUGCCGAGACGCUUGGGACGGCUACGCCUGCGUCUGCGACAAAGGGUACUUCGGGAGGAAGUGUGUGGAUGUGUGUCACCUGAACCCCUGCGAGCACACGGCGGCCUGCGUGCGCAGCCCGGGCGCCCCUCAGGGCUACGUGUGUGAAUGUGGGUCCAGCCACUACGGGCCGUACUGCGAGAACAGGAUCGACCUCCCGUGCCCCAAAGGCUGGUGGGGGAACCCCGUGUGCGGGCCUUGCCACUGCGCCAUCGACAGAGGCUUCGACCCCGACUGCAACAAGACCAACGGCCAGUGCCAGUGCAAGGAGAACCACUACCAGCCCCCGGACCAGGACGCCUGCCUGCCCUGCGACUGCUUCCCGCACGGCUCCCACAGCCGCGCCUGCGACGUGGACACCGGGCAGUGCGCCUGCAAGCCCGGGGUCAUCGGCCGCCAGUGCAACCGCUGCGACAACCCUUUUGCCGAGGUCACCACGCUCGGCUGCGAAGUGAUCUACAGCGGAUGUCCCAGAGCGUUUGAAGCCGGCAUCUGGUGGCCGCAGACCAAGUUUGGGCAGCCGGCCGCGGUGCCGUGCCCCAAGGGAUCCGUGGGAACUGCGGUGAGACACUGCAGUGGGGAGAGGGGCUGGCGGCCCCCCGAGCUCUUCAACUGCACCACGGCCUCCUUCGUGCAGCUCAAAGCCGCGAAGGAGAAGCUGAGCCGCAAUGAGACGCGGAUGGAUGGGGCGGGGUCCCUGCGGCUGGCCAAGGCCCUGCGCAACGCCACGCAGCACACGGCCACGCUCUUCGGCCACGACCUGCGCACCGCCUACCAGCUGCUGGCCCGCGUCCUGCAGCAUGAGAGCGGCCGGCAGGGCUUCGAGCUGGCGGCCACGCAGGAUGCCGACUUCCACCAGGACGUGGUCCUCACGGGCAGCGCCCUCCUGGCCCCGGGCACCCGGGCGGCCUGGGAGCACCUCCAGCGGAGCGAGGGGGGCGCGGCGCAGCUGCUGAGAGGCUUCGAGGACUAUUUCGGCAACGUGGCCCGCAACCUGCGGAGGACCUACCUGAGGCCCUUCAUCAUCGUCACCGCCAACAUGAUCCUCGCCGUCGACGUCUUCGACAAGUUUAACUUCACGGGGGCCUGGGUGCCGCGGUUCGAGGACGUCCGCGACGACUUCCCGAGAGAGCUGGUGUCCUCCGUGUUCUUCUCGGCCGAUUUCUUCAAACCCCCGGAAAGGAGAGAGGGCCCCUGGGUGAGGCCCGUCGGUCGGAAGGCCGCCCCGCAGACCCCGCGCCCAGGGCCCAGCGCCGAGACGGAGGCCCCGUCCCGGAGGCGGAAGAGGCACCCGGACGAGCCCGGCCAGUUCGCCGUCGCCCUGGUCGUCGUCUACCGGACCCUGGGGCAGCUGCUGCCCGAGAGCUACGACCCCGACCGCCGCAGCCUCCGGCUGCCCAACCGGCCCGUCAUCAACACCCCGGUGGUGAGCGCCGUGGUGUACAGUGAGGGUGCCCCGCUCCCCAGCCCCCUGGAGAGGCCCGUCCAGGUGCAGCUCGCCCUGCUGGAGACCGAAGAGCGCACCAAGCCCGUCUGCGUGUUCUGGAACCACUCCGUCGCCCCCGGUGGGACGGGAGGCUGGUCGGCCAAGGGCUGCGAGCUGCUGUCCAGGAACCGGACGCACGUCACCUGCCAGUGCAGCCACACUGCCAGCGUCGCGGUGCUCAUGGACGUUUCCAGGCGCGAGCAUGGAGAGGUCCUGCCCCUGAGGAUCGUCACCUACGCCGCCGUGUCCCUGUCCCUGGCCGCCCUGCUGCUGGCCUUCGUUCUCCUGGCUCUGGCAAGGACGCUGCGCUCCAACCUGCACCGCACCCACCUGAACCUGGUCGGGGCGCUCUUCCUCUCCCAGCUGGUCUUCGUGGUCGGAGUCACCCAGACGGGAAACCCGUUCCUGUGCACGGUGGUUGCCAUCGUCCUGCACUACGUCUACAUGAGCACCUUCGCCUGGACCUUCGUGGAGAGCCUGCACGUCUACCGCAUGCUGACCGAGGUGCGCAACAUCGAUGCCGGGCCCAUGCGGUUCUACUACGUCGUGGGCUGGGGCAUCCCAGCCAUUGUCACAGGACUUGCAGUGGGCCUGGACCCCCAGGGCUAUGGAAACCCCGACUUCUGCUGGCUGUCCCUUCAAGACACCCUGAUCUGGAGCUUUGCCGGGCCCAUUGGGACGGUUAUCAUUGUCAAUACAGUUAUUUUUGUUCUGUCUGCAAAAGUCUCCUGCCAAAGAAAGCACCAUUAUUAUGAAAGAAAGGGGGUCGU